AAAAAAGAAGCAUCGGUUAAAAAUUAAAUUUAUUCAAGUUUUAGUUAAAAGUCGGCAAUCAAUUCACAUAACUAAGGUAAAGAAACAGCGACAAAACACUCACCGGCAAAGCAGAUUGCAGUCUCGAGGAAAAGGAUGGAAGAGCAAAUUCUAGACGAGCUGAGGAACGUAGGGUACGAUGGUCCGUUUCUGGAUCAUAACUACGCUUCCUCGGCACUCGCUGCUGGGGCUAAAAGCGGCGAAUUUCAAGAUAUGGUCAUUUGGCUCACCGAUGAAAUUCGAGUGCUGGGAAAGUUGGAUGAGAAAAUCACGAAAAGCGACGACGCCAACACAUUUGUCCUGGAACUGUCCGGAUUUCUGAAGGAACUGACUUGUCCGUAUGCGAAUCUCACCUCCGGUCAUGUUUCGGAUCGGUUGCAAACCUACGACUCGAAAAUAAUCCUGCUGGAGUAUCUGAUUAACGAACUGAUGGCGUUCAAGAUGAUUGAAUCGCUUAAACCCAAAAAGGAAAAGGUCAACGUAAUCACGCUGUUUGAGUCUCCCACCGCUUCGGCCUUGAAGGACAUUUCGAUUACGUUGGGAUUGGGAAAACCUCCGAACAACAUUCCGGUUAAGGUGUUGUUUGAGAAAAUCAACGUUCAUCUGGACGAUACCAUUCGAAUUGCUGGCGAAAAACGACUGAGCACUCCGUUAUUCACCCCGAAAAAGAAGCUAACCAUGGAGCAAUGGAACAAGCUGGACAGCCUCCAGAAGGAUUUGGAUGGGGAGUACGAUUUGAGACGGAAGAUGUUGCUCACUCGAUUGGACGUUACGAUCCAAAGCUUCAAGUGGUCCACCCGCGUAAAGGGCAAGGACGGUCAAAUGAACGAGCGAUACGCUGAGAAGCGUAAAGUACUUGAUUCCUUGCAAACCGGAGGAAAAGACACAGAUUUAGCUGCCCUGUUAGGCGCCCGGGAGAUCAUGGCCAUCAUUGAGAAAACGAGCAGCGCCAGCGUUCGGAAGAACACCAAGAGUAAAAUUCAGCGGCACAUUAUCGGGCGGGUUCCGGAUCGGGGUGGACGUGCCUACGAGCAUAAGCCACCGCCGCUGGAAAUGCCUUCGUGGCAAACUCAACGUAGCACCGGCGGGCCCGGAGGCGGUGGCCAACGAGGUGGAUUCGGUGGCGGUCGGGAUGCUAGCGGUGGACAUCAGAACCGUGGUGGUGGCGGCGGAGGAGGAUUCCAACAGCAUGGCGGACAUCAGCAACACGGUGGCUAUCAGCAACAGCAACAACAAGGAGGCUUCAGUCAAGGGGGAGGCGGCGGGGGUUACAGUCAGGGAAGCCAAGGUGGUUACCAACAACAUCAGGGAGGUGGAGGUUACCAGCAAAGCCGCGGUGGAAGUCGUGUACAAGGAGGAUGGUCUCAACCACAAAAAGACUACAAUCAAAGCUACAGCAGCAAUACUAGCAGUAGCGGAUAUAGUUCCGGUGCCGGUCGAGGAUACUCUAGCAGCGAUCAGUACAGCAACAGCUCUGGCGGUUCGAAUUAUCGCGGCGGCGGAGGUGGCGGUUCAAGCUACGGAGGAGACCAGCAAUACAAUAGAGGUAGUUCCGGCGGUAGUGGCUACGAUAAUAACCGUGAUCGUGAUUACGACAAUGAUUACAACCGUGGGGGCAGCGGAGGCGGUCGUGGCGGAAGUGGCGGAGGUGGCCGGUCCAACUACAACCGCGGGGGUCGUCGCUAGAUGGAAGUUUAAGCAUGAAGAAUAAGAAAGGCAUUUUUCCAAUUGUCCAUUUCAAUGAAGCUAGACACUAACACUAACUACUGAAAAGGUACAUUCUAUUGUAGAGAAGUGUGUUCGUAGGAUGUCUUUUGCCGAAUUAAUAUAUUUAAAAUAAAUAUGCUAAGGUUUGCGAAACAUUCGAAAA